CAGCGGGAGGGGCCGGGAACGGGAACGGAGCGGGAGCGGAGACAUGGCCGGGCCUGAGGCCGCGGGUGCCACCGCCGCUGAGGGGAGCGAAGGCGGGAAUGGCGGCCGCGAUGGCUACGACGGGAAGUGCGUGUUCUGCAGGAUCGCCCGCGGCGAGGAGCCGGGCACGGCGCUGCUCCCCUGCGAGGAUGAAGACCUUGUUUGCUUUAGAGAUAUAAAACCCGGUGCCCCCCACCACUACCUGGUGGUGCCCGUGAAACACAUGGGAAACUGCAAAACACUGAAGACAGAACACAUACCGCUAGUGAAGAGAAUGAUGGAAGUUGGAAAAGCUGUUCUCCAGAAGAAUAAUUUUAAUGACUUGAAUGAUGUAAGAAUGGGUUUUCACUGGCCUCCGUUCUGCUCGAUAGCCCAUUUGCACCUUCAUGUCCUGGCCCCAGCCAGUCAGCUGGGGUUCUUUUCCAGGCUCUACUACAGAAUCAAUUCCUACUGGUUUAUCACGGCUGAACAACUGAUCGAGAGAUUGCAAACUGAAAAUGCUGCCAGCUGAAAGCUUGUGUUGUCAGCCAGUUUGGUCUUUGAGCUCUGAUUUAAGGUUGCACAGUUUGAUGUUGCCAAUAAUAUCCCAGGAUAAAAAAAGCUUUAGUUCCUUAUGAGGAAGUACACACAAUUUGUAGAUGCUAACCUAAUUCUUCCAUUUGGAUAUGUCAGUCUGUAUACUUCCCUGGCAAUAGGGUGAUGUAUUUUAGUUACAAUUUUAUAUUUGUUUAGAUACAUACAUAAUACACACACACACACAUGCACACAGACAGAGAACUCUUCCUAUUAAAGGGCAAAGUUUAGCAGCAGAAUGUAUUGCAACCAAGGCAAUGAGUUACAACAGCAUAUGAAUAGUACCAAAGAGAGUAUUUCUUGUGGAGUCAAGCUGUCAUUUUCAAGGUGCAUUUUUCUCGGAUUGUAGAUAACAUUUCAAACAAUUUUUCCCAUCUGCAUUUGUAUGGUAUGUUACUUAUGCCUGGUGAGUAGGUACAUUGCUGGAAGUACAGUACUGACUUUCUAAAUCACUCCAAUGUUACCUGACUUGUUUGCAUCACAGUGACACAUUAAACAUUAAUACAAUAUGUGCCCAAAAUGCUGUAUAAUAUAGAAUAUAGUUUAUGUGUAAAUAGACCUAAAGGUUUUUUUCCCUCUUAUGGGCAAAAUGUUUGAAAUUAGUUACUGUAUGUUUACAAAGAAUGUGAAGAUUCCAGAAGAAUGGAUUUAGUAUACUGCUCUUCUGCAUGGCAGUAGAUAAAAAAGUCCAGAUUUUCUGGUCUUAUUCUCACUGGAAGUCCCUUGCAGAUUACUAAUGCCUUGGCCAAAUUUGGGUUCUAAAUGAGGUCAUAAUAGAAGGCGGUCUGAAAUGCAGUGUGUGUGUGGCAGACUUACAUAAGAACAAUGUGAUUUGACUUUGGGAUAGCAGGGACUCAGCCCAAAAUUGGAACAUGCCAAGUUGCUUAAGGAACCUGCUGAACAUUUGCCUUUGCUGCAUGACUCUAAUCAGGAAUGCUAGCACUUGUUUUUCAGAACCAUAAUAAGGCAGCCUGGCAAGUUAAAACUCCAGAACACAUGGAGUGGAUUUUCUUUGUUCACAGAGCUUGUCUUGGUGCCGAACUAACCAAGUGUCCUUGCCUGAUGCAUUCAGAUGCAGCUGAGGUGAGAACAUCUGUUGCACCUGAACAUAAUAUUCUGUGUUUUCCAUGGAUCCAGCACCUGUUGCCUUAGUGACACGUGUUGUAAUAUUCUUACAGUACUUCAGAGUCUGCACCCUUCUGAAGAACUGCAUUUUCCACUUGGCAGAGUUUAUACCUCUCUGUAAGAUCUUCUUCCUAAUGUCUUGUUGUUCUUACUAGUGGGCACUCGCAUGUCAUUUGCAGCCCUUUAGGGUUUUGUUAUAUUUGGUAAGAAAAGUGUGACUUAAAGCCACCAAACUUUGACUGUGCAAUGGAUAAAGAUGUUUGAGCUGGCUCCUAACUUAGUGAAAUACCUGAACAUUAAGGACUUUUAAGAGUUAAUCCCAUGUAUGUGUUCUGAUCUGUAAUUAAUUUAUGUAACUGUACUGAACUGUGACAUGUAAUAUAAUAUUUAAGAUAUCAUAUUUAAGAUAUGAACUGUUGUCAAAAAGGAUUAAUAAAUGCUGAUCUUGGGAUGAUU